AUGUCUCGAGCAGGCACCCCCACAGACGUCGCCCCCCUGGCGCGGCCGCUGCAGUUCGAGUUCUCGAAGCGCACAGCGCCCAACCGCUUCCUCAAGGGCGCCAUGAGCGAGCGGCUUUCCUCGUGGUCGGAGGACAACCUCGACGCGCGCGGCAUCCCCUCGGACGAGUUGAUCGAAGCCUACCGCGUCUGGGGCGAAGGAGAGAUCGGGCUCAUCCUGACGGGCAACGUGAUGAUCGACCCGCAGCAACUGGAAGCGGGCGGCAACCUCAUCAUCCCGGCGGACGCGCCGUUCCAGGGCGAGCGCUUCGAGCGCUUCAAGCAGCUGGCCGCGGGGUCCGCCGCGCGGGGCUCGCUGGUGGUCGCGCAAGUCAGCCACCCGGGCCGACAGACGCCUGAGAGCCUGCAGCCGCACCCGAUCAGCGCCAGCGACGUGCACCUGAGCGGAGUGGUGCUGGGCAACACGUUCGGCAAGCCGCGGGCGGCGACGGAAGCCGACAUUCAGCAGGUGAUCGAGGGCUUCGCGCACGCGGCCGAGUACCUGGACAAGGCCGGGUACGACGGGAUCGAGCUGCACGCGGCGCACGGCUACCUGCUCAGCCAGUUCCUGUCGGAGACGACCAACCGCCGCACGGACCAGUACGGCGGCUCGCUGGAGAACCGCAUGCGCCUGAUCCUGGAGAUCCGCGCGGAGAUCGCCAAGCGCGUGCGGCCGGACUUCAUCGUGGGCAUCAAGGUGAACAGCGUGGAGUUCCAGCCUAACGGGUUCCAGCCGGAGGAGGCGCGCCAGCUGUGCAGCACGCUGGAGGCCCAUCAGUUCGACUUCGUGGAGUUGUCCGGCGGGACGUACGAGAAAUGGAAGAUGGGCGACGACGAGAAGCGGGAUUCGACGAAGAAGCGUGAAGCGUUCUUCAUGGAAUUCGCACAAUUGAUCGUCUCCUCCCUCAACAAGACCAAGUCCUACCUGACGGGCGGCUUCCGGUCCGCCGCAGGAAUGGUGAAGGGUCUCGAGUCGCUGGACGGGAUCGGCCUCGCGCGGCCGCUGUGCCAGGAACCCUUCCUGUGCCGGGAUAUCCUGAGCGGCAAGGUGACCGGGGCGUUGGAGCCGGUCAUCAGCCAGUAUGAUUUCGGGCUGACGGCCAUCGCGGCGUGCAUCCAGAUCCGGCAGAUGGGGCUGCGGCUGGCGCCAAUUGACUUGACGGACAAGAAGGGCGCUGAGCAGGUCACGGAGACGGUGGUCGCGUGGAGCCAGCGCAAGGGCAAGGAUCGGUCGCAGGAUGCCUUCUGGCCGCCGCUUGUUCCGGAGUAUAGCGUGCCUUUGGCUGUGGAGGCUUGA